UUCGAUUUUUAUUCCCAAUACUUUAUUUUGGAAACGAAGCAAAGGGUAAACAGUGUUGUUACUACGCAGAAGAAGACACAUAACACAAGCACAAAGAAAUUGGCGUUACCCAUUGCACCUUUCUUUCAAUUUGUUCCAUUGAAAUCAAUCUCACAAUGGAACCAGCAACUUCUUCUUACAGGAUUAUUUUGGGUUCUUCCUCCGUUGCACGCCGCAAGAUUUUAUCCCAAAUGGGAUACCAAUUCACAUUAAUGACUGCUGAUAUUGAUGAGAAGAGCAUCCGAAAGGAUACUCCAGAAGAGUUAGUUAUGGCUCUAGCUGAAGCCAAGGCUGAUGCCAUUAUAUCCAAACUUCAAACUACCGAUAAUCAAGAGAGGGUUGAUGAACCAACACUUUUAAUUGCUGCUGAUACAGCAGAAGCCAUCUUACAAAGGCUCCCUGUUGAUGACUACUUAAAGGAUGCCGAGCCAACUUUAUUAAUCACUUCUGACCAAGUGGUGGUCUAUGAAGGUGUGAUUAGGGAAAAGCCAUCUAGCAAACAAGAAGCUCGCCAAUUCUUGAAAGAUUAUUCUGGAAAGCAAGCAGCAACUGUGGGAUCUGUAUUAGUUACUAAUCUCAAAACAGGAUUGAGAAAAGGAGACUCCGAUCGUGUGGAGAUCCAUUUCAAUGAAAUACCUGAUGAAGUCAUUGAGAAGCUGGUUGAUGAGGGGACCACUCUCUAUGUUGCUGGAGGGCUGAUAAUAGAGCAUCCUUUAAUAUUUCCAUAUGUCAAAGAAGUGGUAGGCACAACUGAUAGUGUGAUGGGGCUUCCCAAAGACUUGACUGAGAAACUCUUAAAGGCAGUCUUGUAGUUUGCGUGAUCGUUUUCAGCCUUGUGGGACUGCUAAGUAAUAAUAUUGCUUAAUUUGUGAGUCGCGUGACUUUUGCUUGCUCUCAAGAUCUCUAUUAAUCUCGUCUCUUCUGGUAACAGUUAGGUUUCUGCUGGGAUGUGCAGGCAGUUGUGUUAUGUCUGGAUUUUUUACUGUCCGUUCUGAUUAAGUUGAUGUAUAAUGUAUUUGUCUAUAAUGUUGUAUCGUGACUUAUGCUGACCGAUAUCUAAGACACGGGAUAAGUAAUCAAUUUUUGCUAAUAGAUAUUUAAAGAUAAAGAAAUGCUAACCGA